ACGCAUUGUUACGAUUGAUUUCGCUAGCGUUGCCUGGCAGUGACACGUAUUCGAUAUCGAGUUUCCCUGAUUAUUACGGCGAGAGGAAUGCAUAACAAUAUAUCCAAUCGAGACGAAAAAAAAAGAAGAAGAGCGACGCAGGUGCACGACCGGGCAUUAGUCGCGGCGGGUUCUUCAACGAGCGAAACUGCAUUCGCAGCAUAAUGUCGUUUCCACUUGCGCGCUGCGUCUCUCCUCGCCUUCUUAUUCUCGCGAUCGGGAUGUGCGGUAAAUUGGGACUCGCGCUUACCUUGGACGACAGGAUGGCACUGUAUCAGAACUGUACGAUUUUCGACAAAUCGGAUAUGUACGGCGGUCCGGUGUGCGGCGACAACGGCGUGACGUAUGCCAACAGCUUUUACUUGGAUUGCAAGAAUCAUCACAGUCGCGAGACCGUUGCCACGUUGCAUUCCGGCCCGUGCUUGGAGAACGAAGAAUAUUGCAGUGUCGACCUGUAUUACGAGCCGGUUUGCGGCUCGGAUCAGAAGAUUUACACUAAUAUGCAAUCUCUACUGUGCGUUCGUCACAGGCACUCGAGGGACCUGACAGCCGUGCCAAUGACGGACUGUCCCCAGAACGAUCACUGCUACCGAGGUGGCACCAAACAUUACGGGAUGAAUCCGGUCUGCGCUAAUAACGGGCACAGUUAUCAAAACGCGGCGCAGCUCAAGUGCCUGCAACGAUAUAAUCCCGAAUUGCAAAUUGUUCACGACGGCGGUUGCCACGUGGAAUUUGUUCACCAGCUUUAUGGCCAGGCGGUUUGUGAUCUCGCGAAAGGGAGAUACGAGUGGAAUCCGGUCUGCGCGUCGGAUGGAGUCACUUAUCCGAAUCCUUUUGUCUUUCUUUGUUAUCGCUCACAUCUGAAAGUAAUUUCCAACGGGGAGUGCGACACGCACAGCCACGAGUCCUGCAUACAGGCGCACACGAACACGACGGUUUUGCCGAACGGCGAAUACGUGAACGACGCCUUCACUACGGACGACGAGGUUUGCGGGAACGACGGCCGCACGUAUCAGAGUAUACAUCACUUGCAAUGCCACACUCGUCACGAUAAAUAUGUGUUUCUGAGGCAUCACGGAUCGUGUUCCGGGCCGGAUGACUACCCUUGCGGUUCGGUACCGGAAGAGGAGCACAGAGAGCCGGUGUGCGGUACCGACGGCAAGUCCUACGUGAGCCCGGAGGCCCUUUGGUGCGCUAAAUUACGCUCCCCGGAAAGAGGCAUUGCUUACAGGCACGACGGUCCAUGCUAACGAAGAAUUGUCAGGAUUGUCAGGAAUUAUGCGGAAGAAUAUUAAGCGCGCGGUAGAAACGAUAUUAUUACGCAUACCCGAAGGAAAAUACUCGAAUCACAUAUGGAAGACGAAGAAGUUUUCAAUAUUUGUCAUGGACAAAGGAAAAUAUAGUUUUUCAAUUUUCUCAUCGUCGGAGAACAAUACGUUAGUGCUAGAAGAGCGUUUUGUUAACCUUAAAGAAAGAGUUAGAAUAAAAUUUUAGAAAAUAUAAGAAUAUUGUAAUUUAUAAUAGCACUAAAUAGAAUUAAUUAUAAUAAUAUAUUCGAUUAACUUCCCAAUUUUCUAGCCUGCGUUGUU